GUCUUAUUUACGCACUGCGACUUCCCUGGAUCGGAUAUCGGGUGCGAAGCUUUUCAUGCCCAUUAUUUCUUUUUUUCUGACUAACAUGGUGCGGAGAAUGGCUUUUGGAAGAGAUGGUGCUUUCGCCGCUCUUGAAUCGAGUGGAUUUCGGUGUCUCUGUUUUAGGAAAAAUUUUGAAGCUCGGUUUGAAGCCAGACGCUGCCACUUUGAAUACUCUUGUCAAGGGCCUUUGUUUUGGUGGCGAAGUUGCUCAAGCAGCAGGGUUAUUUAACCGAAUGAUGCAGAACGGUUGUCAAUUGGAUGUGCUUACUUAUUCGACGAUGAUAAAUGAGUUAUGUAAGAUUGGGGAAAAUAGUGCAGCCCUAGAGUUGCUAAGGAAGAUGGAAGAAAGAGGUUGUGUGCCAAAUGUAGUAGCAUAUAGCACAAUCAUUGACAGCCUCUGCAAGGACAGGCUAGUCAAUGAAGCUUUCAGCCUCUUCUUAGAAAUGAUUGGUAAAAACAUAACUCCAAAUGCUGUCACCUACAACUCAUUAAUCCGUGGCUACUGUAGUUCAUGUCAGUGGAAAGAAGUUAGUAGAUUGUUGAAUGAAAUGAUAGAUAAAGAAAUCACACCAAAUGCGUAUACCUUCAACAUAUUGGUUGAUAACCUUUGUAAAGAGGGGAAAAUUGCUGAAGCACAGCAUGUUGUGGAAUUGAUGAUUGGAAGAGGUCUAGAGCCAAAUACUAUAACUUACACUGCCCUUAUGGAUGGAUUUGUUUUGCAAGGCCAAAUGAACAUGGCAUUGGAUGUAUUUGAUGUGAUGGUUGGCAGAGGUUGUUUGCCUAGUGUUUAUAGUUAUAGCAUCUUGAUCAAUGGAUUUUGCAAGAGUAAAAAAAUGGAGGAAGCCAUGAAGCUCUUUGAAGAAAUGUCUCAAAAUGGAGUGAUUCCCAACAUUGUGACUUUCACAACUCUUAUAAGCGGCCUAUGCGAGGUGGGCAGGCCGCAGGAUGCACAGAUGCUUCUAGAUAAGAUGCAAGCUCAUGGCCAAACUCCUAAUGUUGUAACAUACUCAACUUUGUUGGAUGGCCUAUUUAAAAACAAAUUCGUUGAUGAGGCGAUGGCCUUGUUUAAAACAAUUGAAAAUAGUGGAAUUAGUCUUGAUAUAGUUAUUUACAAUAUCAUUAUUGCUGGUAUGUGCAAAGUUGGGAAGCUUGAAAUUGCAAAGGAAACCUUUCAAAAUCUCUCUGCCAAAAAGCUACAACCUAGUCUUUCUACAUAUAAUAUAAUGAUGAAAGGGUUUUGUAAAAGAGGGUUGUUAAAUGAAGCAAAUGACUUGCUUCGAAAAAUGGACGACAGUGGCUGCCCCCCGGAUGGUUUCACUUAUAACAUAAUUAUCCAAGGACUUCUUCAAGACAAUGAGAUAUUGAGAGCAAAGAAACUCCUUCACAUAAUGGUUAGUCGGGGUUUCUCAGUGGAUGCGAACACUAUGACCAUGUUACUAGAGUUGCAAUCUAUUGGUAAAUUAGAUCUAUCAUUGUUGGAUAUGACGCAUAAGCAUUUGUGACAGUUAUGAACAUGAACUAAGACCUAGCAAUGAAUGUUGGGAAGGAGGCAGAUUGAGAAUUUUUUUUCAUGUUUAUUGUUAUUUGGUGCUUAUUGUUUCACAUCUAGCAUUAGUUACUAGUACUGGUUGCGUACUGUUGUUCCAUAGCAACUAUUUUUCUCUGUUCAUGUGUAAAUUCUUCUUAGGAUCACGUUGUUGCGAUAUGUUAUCGAAGAUUCUCUAAAGUGACAAAAUAACAUAUUUAUAGUUAUGUAUUGACAAUUUAACUUGGAAGCUUGCUCAAUGUUUAUAAUAUGGACAAAUAAAUAAUAUUUAUGCUGUUUGGAUUGACC